AUGGCUCUCCCAUACCCCGAAGGCGAAUGCUUCUUCAAACGCUCGGCCCUGCAUUCCCAAAAGAGCGGGGGCUUCAACGCCGACGACCCGGCGCACUUCUACAGCACGAUGAUGAUAGAAGUGGUCUGGAACCGAGAAGCCCACCACGGAUCCAAGAAAUGCAACGAAAACGGCAAGCCGCGCGGCCAUCCGCACAAGAGAACGGACUAUAAAAUCGUCUACGCAACCAGCUGGAAUACCGCCUACGGAAACUGGGCCUGGUUGCCGAUUACAUACGGCAACGCGAGGUACCCGGCUCGACGGGUCAAGCAUGAGCUUUGCACGUGGGGAUAUCGGUUCUAUCAGAGGGAAGUCGGGGCCGCGGAGGAGGCGUGGUUCAUGUUCGUUCCAAUGCCGACGAGAGAGGAGGAGUGGAUGUGGAUAGACCGCCUAUGCUGCAUUCGCGCCAUCUACAUCCCGGCUGCAUACCAAUCCGGACCUAAAUACGAAGAACUCUGCACCUACAUCCACGUCAACUUCACACAAAUGAAGAAAAUCUCAAUCGAGCAUCAGAAGCGCACUUCAGAUGGUGAGACAGACAAGGAUCCCCGAACAAUCAAGUGCAAUGACAAAAUCGGCCUCGCCGUGGACGAAAAGACCACCCUCGGCAUCAACCCAGCCCGCCUGAUCACCGCACUCGUGAUCCCUCGCGACAAGCGCAAGGUCGGCGCCCUCAGUUCCAAGAGCCUAAUCCUGAUGGACUCUGACGACAUCCCCGACGCGCCGCUGACACAGGAAUUCAACAGCCAGUCCAUGGCGGACUGGGCCAAGGUCGUCAGCCAGAACCAGGGGUUGAACAUCAAGUGGGGAGAAGCGGACGUGAGCAUGCCGUGGUUUGCCCGUUAUUUCAAGAACGUGCUCUCGUUUGCCAUUGGCUAUGUGCCUGUCUUUGGACCCUUGCUGGCCAUCGGCACGAAUCUCAUCAUGUCGGCCAUCUUCGAGGCGCACGAGGACUUCAUGGACGAGCUCCGCGAGCAGCUGCCGACCUAUGAUUUGACCGCAAAGUUCGUCGAGAUUGUCACGGUGGAUGCGGAAAACGCAAAGCCCAUGGUGAAGGAGGAUGUCCCCUUGAAGAAGAAACAGGACGAAAAGAACUACGUCGAAUUCGACGUAGAGGUUCUGAAGAAUGCCCAGGAGGCAGUCGAGGCCAAGGCCAAAGGUGAAAAGGGGACUGAGACGAAGAAGCAGUCCGUUUUCCACACCCUUGACCUCUCAACCUUGACCAGAUUAGCCAGGGAUAAUCACGCAGCCAUCAUUCAGAUGCUGGACCCGGAGGGGAGUAUGAGGCAUGAAUGGAAUUACGGUGAUUGGGACCAAGGGCCUGAUGCUAAGCCUCCGCAGGUUCCGGAGAUUCCAGGAGAUGCAGACGGGCUCGCAGACCUGUUUGAUGAACUGAGCAAGACCAAGACUGUUAAAUACCAUGAGGGUUGGGAUGUCGCUGAUCUGCCUGUGAACAAGUACGGCACUCAGAAAGAGUAUAUGCAGGCGAAAGAGAAGGAAGCGGUCACUAUCAAAAAGUGA